GCAAACGGAGCAGAAGAGCGAAACAUGGCGACUUCGAACAAUCCGCGGAAAUUCAGCGAGAAAAUCGCUUUACAUAACCAGAAGCAGGCGGAGGAGACGGCGGCGUUCGAAGAAGUGAUGAAGGACCUCAGCAUUACCCGGGCGGCGAGGUUACAGCUGCAGAAGACUCAGUAUUUACAGCUGGGACAGAACCGUGGGCAGUACUAUGGAGGAUCUUUGCCAAACGUCAAUCAGAUUGGAAACAGCACUGUCGAUGUGCCUUUUCAGAAUUCAGGGCUGGACAUGAACAGGUCGACGCGACACCACGGGUUGGUGGACAGAGUCUACCGGGACCGGAACCGCAUCACAUCACCCCACCGAAAACCCCUGUCUAUUGACAAACACGGACGCCAGAUUGACAGCUGUCCAUAUGGCUCAGUGUAUCUGUCACCGCCACCUGACACUAGCUGGAGGAGGACAAACUCUGACUCAGCAUUGCACCAGAGCACACUAACCCCUGCCCAGCAGGCCUCUUUCACUGGAGGAUCACAGGAGCUCCAGCCAAAACAAGUUCUCCUGCUCGCUGUACCAGGGUCUGAAGCAAUUAAACAAGAUGUUGACAAAGAGGGACAAAAACAGAACUGGGACUGUAAAAAGAACAUUUCAAGGUCCAAGCCCUGCAAAGUUCCCGGGAUCCACAUAUUCCCAUCUCCGGACCAGCAGCUGACCACUUCACUAAAACCAGCAGCCCACAACACUGGCGGCUCUCUGCCUGACCUGACCAACAUCCAGUUCCCUCCUCCGCUGCCCACCCCGCUCGACUCGGAUGAUGCAGGAGCCGCCUCGUUCAGCUCCUCCAACAGCACAGGGACCCUGGCUAACACACAAGGAGUGAACACCCCUCAGCCCACAGUAACCAUGGAAAUGCAGCUUGGGCAGGACAACAUAGUUCCUCUCAUAAUGAAUGCAGGAGACUCCCACCAGCACCAGAACCUCCAGCUCUCCCCAGCAUCUCCACCUCUCACUCUCUCUCAGGCGGCCAUCAACGCUAUGAACCUUGAUCAGCAGUUGACCCAGUAUGCCUUCUUCAACCAGCAGCCGUCGUCUCAGACUCACCAGAGCCAGCAACAGACAGGCCUGGUCCACCUGCCGUCCUCCGUGAACUCCUGCUCCACGUCAGACAACCACACGUCCUCACAAACCAACGUGACCAUGGACAUGAACACGCAUAACACCAUCCUGGGCAGCGUGUUUGCAGACUUCUAUGACCAGCAGCUCCCAUCCAUUCAGGCCAGUGCUCUCUCACAACAGUUGGAGCAGUUCAACAUGAUUGAAACCCCCAUCAGCUCUGACAGCUUGUAUAACCAGACCUCCACCCUCAACUACUCCCAGGCGCUUAUGAUGGGUUUGACUGGUGGCCAUUGCAACCUUCAAGACUCACAGCAGCUGGGCUACAGUAGCCAUGGCAACAUCCCCAACAUCAUUCUCACAGUGAGUGGAGAGUCUCCCCCCAGCCUGCCCAAGGACCUGACAGGCUCGCUGUCCACAGAUGUCAGCUUCGAUGUCGACUCUCACUUCCCGCUGGAUGAUCUCAAAAUCGACCCACUGACACUUGAUGGCCUACACAUGCUCAACGACCCAGACAUGGUCCUUGCUGACCCUGCCACUGAGGACGCGUUUCGCCUUGACCGGCUCUAACCACUGCACGACAUGCUUAUGCACAGGUGUGUGAACUCUGCUGCCCUGGGGGGGGGGGGGUAAAACAAGGAGUAGAUUUCUGGAGUAUGUUGUCUGGGCUUAGCAUCGAUUCCACACCAAGCAACCCGGUCAAAGCCCACAAGAGAGCUUUUCAAAGAAACACUAUUGUAAGAAAAUGCAUCGAAAUGACUGCUGCCAGCCUCCCUUCUCUUUAGAAGCCGGAGAGAUGAGUUACGACCAGUGACAUACAAGUUACGGUAUUAAUCAUGUUUGCGGUUCUGUCAUCGAAUUUUGAUUUAUUUCAUACACCUAGUUUUCAUUUGAGGGAACUUGAUGAAAAUAUCAUGAGGGCAGAAGGAGCCUGUUCUUUUAUCUCUAUCAAUGACUGACUAAGUUAUGUCCGCAGAGCAAACCCUUAAAAAACUACAGUAUACAGCUCAUCUGUUAACAUAGAGUAGCUUGAUGACUCAGAGGAAAUACCUGUCAAGUUUAUCCUCCCUCUGUGCCAUACUGGUCAUUCUAAGUAGUACAUUGAGUACGGAUAUUAAUUUUGCGCUAGUCCCUGUGUGGUUUGCUAUAGAUGCCAAAGUCAGGUCCAGUUUGAUUUGAGUGAAGAUGUAAAAGUCUUGAGUGAUGACAAGUCAUUAUUUGCAACCUAAGUUAUUUUUAGGAAAUGCUGAAUUUUGAUUUUUUUUCCAUAGUAAAUAGCAGUCAUCGGUUAUGCAUGAAAUCACAAAUCACUGUGCAUACUUGUUUUGCCUUAAUAGCUUGACAUUUUGGUUUUCAUGCAAAGAUGACUACUAUGUAAAUGAGGAAUAAGUAAUUUCUAUUGUUUUAAAGGUGGUUUGGCCAACUGUGUUCACAGUUGCAUUACUGUAGUUGUACUUUUGAGGUGUUCUGAUCUUUAUCCAUUACUUCAUCCAUUGUCACUACCAUAUCAUUUUUCCACAUUCAUUUGUCAGUCAACUCUAAACAGAUGAAUGAAUUAUUUGUUAAGAAAUAGAUGUUUACAGGCUUGUUUUAUUUUACAUUUUACAUGUACAGAAUGUGAUUAGAUUUUGCGUAAUAGUAUCUAUGCAAAACUACAGUGAUUGAUUUAGAACUGUAAAAUGAAACAGAUGAAAUGAACCAUUAUGUAGAGGAAGCCAAUGUGCAAGGUUCUUAGAGAAUGCACAGCGAUGGUGCCAUGUUACAUUUCUUUUGAAACUCUUUACGUUUUGCUUUCAGACAAGUAAUGAGUAGAGAAAAAAAAGCUCGGUGAGUGUGGCAUACAGUAGAAACUCUCCUGGAUUAUUCCCAAAGAUGUGACCUCGGUGUAGUUGAGAUAUAUAUAUUUUUCCAGACAAUUGAACUGCCUCUAUACUAGAACAGCAUUGUUGAUGCAAUGAGAAUGUAUUUAGGUCACAUCUGUACAGUUGUGUUGUUGCCAUCUUGUCAUCCUCAUUGCCUCUCAUACGUAUCUAGCCUUUAGGUACUGUAGGACCAAAAAUCUUUCACCUGUUUAUUUUCUCCCUACAGAGGAGAUGUGGCAUACUGCUUUGAGUUUUAUAUAUGACUGUGUUUGUUUUCCUCUGCACAACAGUGACACUGAACAUCAGUUUCUUCAUCGUGCUCGUGUUGUGUGUGCCCUUUAUUGAUUUGUUCCAUGUGUCCCCGGUCUCGUUGGUUCUGCACUAAUAUGGCUUCAUGCAUUUGCUCUUUAAAAAAAAUCUCAGUGAAUGGAUCCUUUGGAUUCACUCACAACUGUGUCCCAUACGUCAUUAUUGCACUUUUCGCAUUUAUUUAAAACACUGAUGAAAAACGCGUACGAGAGUUUAUAUACCAAACCCCCUGUGACUGUUAAGUGCACUGGAACUGUUUGCCCUGUCUUUGAUUAAACUUGCCUUCUUGUAAAAAACAAAAAAACAAAACAAAACAGAUAUAUGAAAAAAAGCUAAAUUAAAUUAUAGUUAUUUUUUGAAAAGUCAUAUAUAGAUAGUCUAUUUACAAGAGCGGUUUUUAAUUAAUCAGUUAGUAUUUUGUUAGCGGUCUACUGUAACACAGUUUUUUCCGUAAUUUUGGAAAACAUUUGUAUUUUGCGACAGAGGUAAUCAGAGGUGUGUCAGUCAUGUUCCUAUGUUGCAGCUCUUUCUGCUAUUGAUAGCAGGUUGGAGUAGAUAGAACUAAAUGAACUAUGUGUAUAAUUAAUCACCAAAUAGCAAAUCAAAGGUUUAUUAUUAAAAUGGUUAAAGAUACAGGUAGAGUGUGAUUUCUCAAAUGAGUACAUUCAAAAUUUGCGGGGCAUAUUAUUACAAUACUGUGCCAGACGGGAUCAAUCGAUCCCUGAAAAGUAUUUUAUGGAAUCCAUAUAGUAAUUCAGUCCAGUUGUAAUUGUUAUUAAAAUGCCCAUAAAAUGAGUGUAUUUUUUUUCUAGGACACUAUAUUGCCGCUUCCCAUCAAUAUUCCACACUAUUAAAAAGUCUAUUCUGUAGCUGCUACAUUGUGUCCAUUGAUGUGUGUCAAGGUCCUCCUGGGCCAGUAUAUUUCACCAUUAUUCUCACACGGUGUGAAUCAAAAAUGUUCUGGGAAAUUUGAUCGAAUCAGCUGAAAUUUAGUUGUUGACCUUGAAGAUUCCUUUUUGUUUGUUUUUUAUUAAAUAUUCUAAUGUUUUGGAUGCAUCAUGUUUCCUAUUUUUGAUGCAGUGUUUUUUGCUUGUUUUUUCUAUUUUAAUAAUUUUGUGACUGCAUGAAUCGCUGGACCUUUAUGGCUUAGGUUUUAUUUCUGUUAAAGGGUGCAUUCAGCUUUGUUUGCCUAAGUGUUUUGUUUUUCGUCUGUGGUAAAAUUGUCUUUCGUCUCUUUUUUUUAUUCAGCAUCAUGUUUAGGCUAAGUAACUGCUACGUGAAGCCUAAAAGCAUCAGAAAUAUGCUAGUCAGCCUUUUAUGCACAUUUAGAACCUGUUGUUUAGUACUAUGUUUUACACUGCAAUAUACAGUAUGUGCUCAUUUUCUGUGCAACACCCACAGAGUUUUAUUAUGUCAUGGUAUAGACUAGCAUUGUAUAUUACUGUUAUAGGAACAAUGUUUUCUGUGAUUUAUGUGAUAUGAUGUGAAAGUGAGAAAAUGCACUGAGAAAUACUGUGCUGCAAUACAUCAUUGUGGCUCUAUAUUCUCUGCUGGACCUCAGACUUUAUAGUGAGCCUGACAUCUGUGUAGGUCCAUUUUCUUUUUUGAUAUGUAUUUUUUUUACUUUUUUGUGGUCAUGUAGAAAGCUCUGAAUGAUGUGUUGCCUGUUACUGCCACCUUUUUAUGCAUCAACGUUCAGGUAUCCAUUGGUGUUACACCAGUGUUUACAGAGACAAGAGUUUACAACAGAGCAAUGUUUGUUUUUCUCUUCAUAAAGUUUUUCAACUUAGAUACUGUAUCUAGAAUAACAGACUACAUAUGAACCACGUGCAGCGUAGAUUAGAAAUGAAUCAGUAAUGUAACUUCAGUACUAUGACCAUAAUGAUAUAUUCAAUUUCACGAGGUUUUGAAGUUCUAUGAAUUAAUUAUAUUUCCCUCAUCUUCUUUCUUCAUCUGUAUGCAAUUCGAGGCCCUGAAGGCAAUCUUUAUUUAAUUUACACUUUUAUUCUGCAGAAAUUAUGUCCCAUAUCAGCUACAUGUUAUCAAAGGUUGUUUAAGAAAAUAAGUAGUAUUUAGAUUUUAUUGGAUUUAGCUUUAUGAUAAAUCUGUCAUCAGCACUGUAUUUUUUUUUUUUCCUCUGUUAAAUCAACAGUUAAGACAAAAAAGCCAAAGUUCAAAGCAGCCAUAAAAUGAGAGAAAACUGAGACAUUUUAUCCUCCUAACUGUUGAAACCCAUCUUCUCCUUUGUUUUUCAAAAUACUUAACUGGGGUACGAAUUAUAUCAUACAUAAACUAUGAACUUAUCAAUGCACUGUUUACAUUGAACAUAAUUACUGAAAGACUUGCAGCAUAACUUGAAGAGAUGUGACUGAUAUAUCCUGUCCACUACCUGGGAAAUCUCUUUUCUGCUUGAUACUGAAUCUCAAAAUAUUUCAGAAAAUACCUUGACAUCUUAUGUUUUGCUUUAAAUUAAGUAUUUAGUUUUUCCUUUAAUUUAUAAAUCUGUUGUCGAACACUAUUUUGUAGUGAAUAUAGAGUAACUAUAUACAUCAUGUCUGAGAAAUAACAUACACAUACAAUAAGAAAUAACAUGAGAAAUAGCAGAUACAAACAUUGUAUAGUCAGGCUAUAUACACAUAAUAGAGAAAGAGAGAGAGAGAUGUAGAUUGUGACAUUACAUGUUAAAACACAAACUGAAUCAGGAAGAUGAAAUUGAGUCAUAAUCAUGUAUGGUCACUCAGUGGGUUACCCACAUCUAUGAAUCCUUUGUGUGCAUUUUGAGGACAGCCCACUGCUGGUUUAAGCCUCAUACAAUGGCAGCUAAAUUGUUAUAUAAUGUAUUUUGUUUCUGAGUCUACAGUGAUACUAUUCCAAACACUGCACAUGCGUUCUACUGCCGUGAAGGGGGGGGGGCACUAUGCUCCUAUAGUGCACUCACAGCAACAGGAAACAUUAUGCUCAUAGAAUAUGCAAAAUCUAGCAUUCUGCAGCACAGCUUGGCAAGUUGGUACUUUUUUUUAACUAACCCUUUAAAAAAAAUGACUGGUUCAAACCUUUUUCUUCAAAUUGUGUGUUUUCUAAUUUAACUGUCAGAUCGGACCAAAAGACUCCAAGUUGACUGUAAAUGUGUGCUAUAUUCAAGAUGAAAUAUGCUUAUGUUUGAACUGUACCUGAUGUAUUUUUCUUGUGUGAAGGCUUACGUCUUUGUAACUUUGCAUUAUUAUUUGUAAAUGAAAGGAGAAUAAAUAUAUCUGAAUAA